AUGCAUUUGCCCGCAGGCAACGAGUCUCUGACCGAGCCAAAUGAUGCCGUUGCUCCGCAGGAGGGAGAUAAUGCAGCCGAAUCCCUAAUAAAUAUUAGCAUUGCUCUGCCUGACUCCAAGGCGGAGAGCUUGCAACUCACAGUCUCGUCUCAAGAACAGAUUCACGAAAUCCGGCAAUCUCUCAUCGAUCUCCCCUCAGCCUUCCAGUAUACUUGCUUCCACCUCGAGUACAAGGGCCAGAAACUCAACGAUUUCAUCCCUCUUGCGGAGGUUCCCGAGCUCAGCCCCGAACCCGAAUUUGUCUUGGUCCAAGACCCUUACACUGAGAAGGAGGCUCGUAUUCAUCUGGUGCGAAUUCGGGAAUUAAUUGGUGCCGCCGGUGACCGUACCGACUCUACACAAGGCGUACUCCCUGGUGCAUCCCUCUUCGAGGACGUGUCCAAAGAGGCCCAAGCAGAGGCCUCUGCCGAAAAGGAUCAGCAACCAGUCACAGACCAUGACUUCCAGGCCAUUCCAGCACUCUCCAGCCUCGUCCCAAAGCCCACUGGUCCCGCUCCCAAGACAGUGAAGCAAAUCACACUCUCAGCAUGGAACCCCCCGCCCCCUCAUCUCCGACAGCGGGGCCACCUCCUCUACCUCGUUGUAACAACCAAUGAAGGAGAGCAGUUCCAAAUCACAUCCCAUGUCUCGGGAUUCUUCAUCAACAAGUCCUCGAAUGCCAAGUUUGACCCGUUCCCCAAACCUCCCCCCAAGGGUCAGUCCUCUCACUCCCUUUUGGACCUCCUGCGUGCUGUCUCCCCCUCUUUCUUGGAUACAUUUGCCCAACUCCAGGAGCACAACAACCAAAGGGAUCCUCUAGCUACUUUCCAAAUCACCAACACUAUCCCUGCCGCUCCAUGGGUAGUCCCACCCCCUACUUCGUCGCUAUGUGAACAUGUCGCCGACCCAACUCGGCCCCAGGAGACCUAUCUUCUCAAUGGUGUAGAGAACACGGAUACUCUUCGUGACUGGAACGAAGAGUUCCAAUCGGCCAAGGAGUUACCAAAGGAGACGGUGCAGGACAGAGUGUUCCGUGAAAGACUCAUCUCAAAGCUUUUUGCUGAUUACAAUGAUGCUGCUACUCGUGGAGCCGUCAUGGUUGCCCGUGGAGAGAUUGCCCCCCUUAACCCAACUGAAGGCCGAGACGCGCAAAUCUUUGUCUACAAUAACAUCUUCUUCUCCUUUGGAGCUGAUGGAGUAGGAACCUUCACUUCGGAGGGCGGAGAUGAGGCAGCUAGGGUAGCAACUGGAAAGGAUGUGGCUGGUGUCAGGCUGGUCAACCAACUCGAUAUCGAUGGGCUCUUCACACCAGCAACAGUAGUUGUCGAUUACCUUGGAAAGCGUAUUGUUGGCCAAAGCAUUGUUCCUGGAAUCUUCAAGCAGCGUGAGCCUGGUGAGAAUCAGAUCGACUACGGCGCGGUUGACGGUAAAGACGUUGUGGCCGAUGAUGAGCGUUUCGCUGCCACCUUCGCUCAGUUGUCGAAGGCACUCAAAGUGAAGAAGCACCCCGUCUGGGACAAGGAGGGCAAGAGGUUUGACCUCGAGGCAAGCGUGGAGACAAAGGGUCUCAUGGGGACUGAUGGACGCAAGUAUGUCCUUGACCUCUACCGGAUCUCACCGCUUGACAUCGCAUGGCUAGAUGACUGCGAAGCUGAAGAGGAUGAGACCGCCUAUCCUCACAGAAUGACAGUCCUGCGUCCUGAGCUGGUCGAUUCUUUCGGCCGCUACCGCAUGAAGCAGUGGAUUGAUAAGGAGAUCGCUGCCAAGAAGAAGGAGCAAGCCGAGGCUGGCGAGAAUGAAGAAGACAAGGGAGAAGCUAAGGCUGCCAUCACCCAGCCCGACCUCUCCAAAUUCCAAUUCGCCCUCAAUCCUGAUGCUUUUGGCGGUCAAACUCCCGUCAUAGAGGAGGAGAAGCAAGAGUGGGCUGAGGAUGAGAAGGAGGUCCGCGCAGCAGGCCAGUACCUCCGUGAUCAGGUCAUCCCAGACCUACUUAAGGAUCUUUCUGGGUCUGACAUCAGCUUCCCCAUGGAUGGCCAAUCCCUUGGUCGGCUACUGCACAAGCGUGGUAUCAAUCUGAGAUACCUUGGAAUGGUAACAUCUCUUUGCACCGAUGAUCGCCUGCGCUGCAUGCGUGAUGUUUGCGUUCAGGAUAUGUUGGCUCGUUCAUUCAAGCAUGUGUCUGCUCAGUAUCUGCGUCACCUUCCCGUCCCUGCCACUGCAGCUUGUAUAUCCCAUCUUCUUAACUGCCUCGUUGGCCAGGAUUUCAACGCAAAUCCCGCUUCUGAUCUUGAGCCCUCUCUGAAGACUCUAUACCCAGACGCCGACUGGUCUUUCGAACAAGUCACACCCGAGUCCCUCCGAAACAGCCUCGAGGAGCAGACCUUCAAGCGUUUCCGAUAUGAGCUUGACUCUGAGUGGCGCAAACACACGAAGGCCCCCCAGCUGUUGCGCGAAGUCUGCCUUCGUAUGGGCAUCCAGAUCCAAGCGAAAGAAUACGCCUUCGUUGCACAGCAAUCCGAUGUUGCUCCUCAAAAGACCAAUGGCCAGGCCAACGGGGAGUCUUCCAAUAAGAAGAAGAAGAAUAAGAAAGCUCGUGAGGGCUCGCCGGCAUCUACCGAGGCUGUACCAACUACCACUUUUACCAGCGAAGAUAUUGUCAACGUGGUUCCCGUGGUGAAGCACUCAUGCCCUCGCAGUGCCCUUGCCGAGGAGGCCCUUGAGGCUGGCCGAAUCUCCCUGUUACAGAAUCAACGCAAGCUGGGACAGGAGUUGCUCCUCGAGUCGCUAUCGCUACACGAGCAAAUCUAUGGUAUCCUGCACCCGGAGGUGGCGCGCGUGUACAACAGUCUUUCAAUGCUUUACUAUCAACUUGACGAUAAGGAGGCGGCCAUUGAGCUGGCAAGAAAGGCCAUUGUGGUGGCAGAGAGAACAGUCGGCGUGGAUUCGGCCGAGACUUUACUGAACUACCUUAAUUUGAGUCUUUUCCUUCACCAGGCUGGCGAUAGCAAGGGUGCCCUUAGCUACUCGAAGCACGCCUUGAAGCUGUGGAAGAUCAUUUACGGCCCGGACCACCCAGACUCCAUCACAACCAUCAACAAUGCCGCCGUGAUGCUUCAGCACCUUAAGGCCUACCACGAAUCAAGACUGUGGUUUGAAGAGUCCCUCCGCGUAUGCGAGACCGUGUUCGGCAGAGAGUCUGUCAACUCAGCAACCCUUCUGUUCCAACUAGCACAAGCCCUUGCACUUGAUCAAGACUCUAAGGGAGCCGUGAAUCGCAUGCGAGAGUCUUACAACGUAUUCCUCAACGAGCUGGGACCGGAGGACAAGAACACCAAAGAAGCAGAGACCUGGCUCGAGCAACUGACCCAAAAUGCCGUCUCCAUUGCCAAGCAUGCCAAGGACGCACAGGCAAGACGCAUUCGGUCCGGGAUCCGGUUCCCUGCUGCGUCCACCGGGACUGUGCAGCCCGCUACCGCAUCAGGAGGACGCAUAUCCUCAACCGGGAUGGACUCCCGCAGCAUUGAUGAACUCAUCAAGUUCAUCGAGGGCGGCGAGGGGCAGUCAAAGCCGUCGAAGAAGCGGCCAGGUCAGGGCAACCCCAAGCGACGCGGCCGGGCUUAA